AUGCCUGAAUUACGUCGUUCUGCAAGAGUUGCUGCUAGACCAGCUCCUGAACCAAUCACUUACGAUGAACAACCAGUAGUCAAAAAGCCUAAAAAGGCAGCUAACACCGGCACUGUUAAAACCACCACCACCACCGCCACCACAGAAUCUUCUUCUUCCUCCGAGGAAUUACAAAUUGGUGACAAGUUACCAGAGCUUACAUUAUUUGACCAAGAUGAGAAUGAAAUUGAUUUGGGUAAGGUUGCAAAAACUGCAAAAUAUUUAGUUAUCUUUGCAUAUCCAAAAGCAUCAACUCCAGGAUGUACAAGACAAGCAUGUGGAUUCCAAAGAAAUUAUCAAUUCUUGAAGGAUAACAAUGUGACUGUAUUUGGAUUAAGUUCUGAUUCUCCAAAAGCACAAAAGAAUUUUCAAGUUAAACAAAAAUUAGAAUAUUCUUUAUUAUGUGAUCCUUCCAAACAAUUGAUUGGGCCAUUGGGUGCUAAAAAGUCUCCUUCUGGGAUUAAAAGAUCUCAUUGGAUCUUUGUUGAUGGUGUUUUGAAAGUUAAAAGAAUUCAAAUCUCUCCUGAAGCAAGUAUUGAUGGGGCAAAAACUGAAGUUGAACAGUUUAUUAAAGGAGAUGCGUCUUCUAAUAACGGUAACACGGAAGAGAAGUCCGAGAACGGUUUAGAAGAAAAGAAGGAAGAAGAAGCCGUAGUAGCAGAAGAAGCAAAAGAAGAAGCAGUGGCAGAAGAAACAAAAGAGGAGCCAAAAGUUGAAAGCAAUAUAGAUGUGAAGCCUGUAGCAGAAGAAGAAAAGGAACCGGAAACGGAAGAAUCCAAAGAAGAAGUAAAGGAAGAAGGUAAAGAAGACACCAAAGCGGAUGAAGCAACUGAAGCAGAGAAAGAAAACGGCGACUGA